UUGUGAUUGGAGGAUACACUUGUAGGGGGCGGGUCCACGCCUGAAGCUAUUUCCCAGUGCUACCCUAGGCUCAGACAGGACGGAGCAACAGGGGUAGGGGCGACCACAUCUGGGGUUUUUUUCGGAGUAAGGAGGUCAGGAUGAAUGUUGGUGUAGCCCACAGCGAGGGAAACCCAAACACUCGAGUCAUGAACAGUCGGGGGAUCUGGCUGACGUACGCGCUCGGCGUCGGAAUGCUCCACAUCGUGCUCUUAAGCAUUCCUUUCUUCAGCGUUCCGGUCGUGUGGACUCUCACAAACGUUAUUCACAACUUGGGAAUGUACGUGUUCAUGCAUGCGGUAAAAGGGACACCGUUCGAGACUCCGGACCAGGGCAAAGCCAGACUCCUCACACACUGGGAACAGCUGGAUUACGGCGUGCAGUUCACAUCAUCCAGAAAGUUCUUCACAAUCUCACCCAUCAUUUUAUAUUUCCUGACAAGUUUCUACACCAAGUACGACACGGCUCAUUUCGUGAUAAACACCGCGUCCCUGCUGAGCGUCCUCAUCCCCAAACUACCACAGCUCCACGGAGUCAGACUCUUCGGAAUCAACAAGUAUUAAUCAUCCAGGGGGAACCACACCGAGGAAACGCCUCUCUGUCUCUCUCUCUCUCUCUCUCUCUCUCUCUCUCUCUCUCUCUGUCUCUCUCCCUGUCUCUCUCUCUCUCUCUGCCCCGUGUCACCCGUCAGGACGCCGGAGACAGUUUUUGUACAGAGUGUAAUUACGUGUAGUCUGUCUUUGCCCAGCUGCACCUCGGGACGUAAACGACGACGCCUCAAGCACUAAAUUAAAUAAGUAAAUAUUUAAUUUCCUUUCUUUCGACUCCCUCAUGGAUCUGGGCUGGCCUGGGUUUCACAGCUGAGGUGGUGUUGGAUUUGUUUUGUUUAGUUUUGUUUGUGUUUGUAGGUCUGCACUAAUUUAAGGCUUUUGUUUGAUUUCUAAAGGUUUUUAAAAACAAAUGAUUCUUUAUAAGAGUCCUGUCGUCUUUUCAGCGUGUCGGUAUUUACAAAGAAGAAAGAGAGAGAGAAAAAAAAAUAAAGACUUGCAUGAUUUUUUGUUUGUUUGUUUGUUUGUUUGUUUGUUUUGGGGGGGGGUGUUUGUUAGAUGAAGUAUUUUGAUAGGUCCUGCAUCAGGUUUAUGCGAAUAAGGAAAGCUGCAUUAACAAGGUUUUAAUGUUUACUGAUCCGAGUCUGAUGAUGUUUAUGUACUCGUUCCAGUCCAUGUGCUCGUUUAUUAAGACGUAACUGUGAAUCUCUCGAUGAGCAGAGAUCUGUUUCAGCAGCUCUGUUAUUCAUGGUAUUAACUGGAGCUCAAACAAACCCUGUGUCUAAUAAAGGCUUAUUUGUGCUCUCUGA